AUGGACCACGGGUCUACAAACGUUGCUCAAGCCAACAUGCCGGGCGCCAGGCACAGAAUCUUGGGGCAUGUGCUCUCAGGGUUCUGCCACAAGAUGAAUCGGCGCAAAUCUAUACACGGUGAUGCCUUGGAUACUCCACUCAAUCGGUGUCUUACAACUUUUGAUAUUACUUUAUUGGGCGUUGGACACAUGGUUGGCGCUGGGAUUUAUGUCCUCACUGGAACAGUGGCUCGUCACAUGGCCGGUCCCGCUACUGCUCUAAGUUUCCUACUUGCUGGAGUUACGUCUACACUAGCAGCGCUGUGUUAUGCAGAAUUCGGAACGAGAAUACCGAGAGCUGGUGCAGCGUCGGUGGCUAGAGCGUGGUCUGGAUAUUUAGACGCCAUGUUAGACGGUGCAAUCAGUAAUGCUACUAUAUCUAUAACGGGGGAACUUCAUGAAACCCUCCUCAGUAGAUAUCCUGAUGUGUUAGCAUUUCUAAUAUGCAUCGUCGCUUCUUUGAUACUCGCUGUCGGUGUAAAAACCUCGGCCUACAUAAACAACGGCCUUACUAUUCUCAAUCUUCUAGUGAUAUCCUUAGUAAUAUUCUUAGGUUUCUAUUAUGCUGAUAUUGGCAAUUGGUCUGCUAAAAAUGGCGGUUUCAUGCCGUAUGGUUUCAGCGGUGUAUUGGCUGGCGCCGCUACUUGUUUUUAUGCCUUUGUUGGAUUUGAUAGCAUAUCUGCAUCUAGUGAAGAGGCAAAAGAUCCAUCUCGUUCGAUUCCCAUUGCCACAAUGCUUUCCAUGGCUGUCGUCGCGUUUGGAUAUAUUCUUGUGGCAAUAGCGUUAACUCUGAUGGUACCCUAUAAAAGCAUAAAUCCUGAAGCUGCUUUGCCAGCGGCUUUGGGGGCAGUACACGCUGAUUGGGCAAAAUACGCCGUAGCUGUCGGUGCAGUAUGUGGAAUGACUACUACUCUACUCGGAUCUCUGUUUUCUCUGCCUCGUUGUUUGUAUGCUAUGUCUACGGACGGCCUAUUAUUUGGAUUUCUAAGUGAUGUAAAUAACAAGUCACAAAUACCAAUUGCUAAUCUCAUAAUAUCAGGUUUCUCCUCUGCUCUGAUAGCUUUGUUGUUUGAUUUAGAGAAGUUAGUAGAGUUUAUGUCAAUUGGCACAUUACUCGCGUAUACCAUAGUGAGCGCUGCAGUUAUUAUACUUCGAUACAGGCCAGUUACGACAGUGGAAGAUAAAAAUUUUGGCGUACCACAACUUGACUCGCCAAUUGAUCGAGAAGACAGUUCUGCAACAGGCACUCCAGCUACAGAAGGCUCAUCAUCUUCCGAGAUGUUUGAAGCGUUGACUGUGGGAAGAUUACGCCCACAGUACGCAUGGCUGGAGCCUCUAGCGGGUGGCAGAGCUCCCGGAUCUGCCGUAUCGGGCUGCGUAUACACGUUCACAGCUGCUGCAGCUGCGCUAUGCGCUCACAACCAUUUCCUUGCAGAACCAGCGGGACUUUGGGUUUUGCUGCCCGAUUUUGUCCUCAAUUUGAUAAUUAUUGCUUGUCUGGUGAUAAUUCAUGCACACCAACAAAGCCCUACGCGAUUACCUUUCCGAGUCCCAUGGGUGCCAUUGCUGCCAGCCGCCAGUGUUCUCCUAAACGUCGAGCUGAUGGUCAAUCUUAAUGCACUUACAUGGGCACGCUUCGCUAUUUGGAUGACUCUCGGUUUGCUUUUGUAUUUCCUCUAUGGAAUCCACCACAGUAAGCUCGGGGAAGGUGUCACAGGGUUGCUAUCUCGGUCCGGUAGCGGUGGUGGACAUAGUGGCGGUUGGGGAGCGGUAGAAAAGACAAAUGCACUAGCUCGCCGUGUAGGCCGUCUUGGUCGCGGAAGCAAAAGCGAUGACCGCAAACCUAUUAUUUGCGAUGAGGAAUACGAUAGACGAGACCCAUGAAUUUGAAUAAUUCAAAGAGUAAUAUUGAGUUCAUAUAAACAUAGUUUUGCGGAGUUAAACUCAUAUAAGUAGUGGCGCUUAUUAUUUAUAAUAAGUUUUUGGAUUAUUAUUUAUAACUAUAAUUUAGGAUAUGAAAUCAUCAUCUAUAUAGGUAUUUAUCAAUAUUAAAUUAUGUUCAGCUAUGUGAAUACCAACUUUAUGUGUAUUCAAAAACUUGACAUCAAAAUAGAAUCGCUAUCAUUGUUAAAAAAUUUGCUGUCGGUUAAUAUAUUACGAAAAUCACCGAUUGAUAUAUUUUCAAAAAGCAUAAUAAGUAUUGCAGCAUGGUGCCACGUUCUAAUAUCGUUUCAAGUAAUAUGACCAAUAGACAUUGAUUUAUAUAUGAUUCUAUAUAUUUUAUUCUAGUACGUAUAUUUCAUAUACCUUUUUAUUGAUGUUUAUUAAAGCACGGUAUGGUUAAAAAAUAUUGGAAAGGAAUUAGACGUGACAAUUAUAGAACAGUAUUCUAACAUAGAUUUAUCCUGCGUAUUUAGGUAAUUAUAGAUCAAAUAAACGACUCUUUUUUUUUUAAAGUAACAUGUCGAGUUAAAUCAUCGGUAACACUUGCUAAUACAAAAUAAAGUCAAAGACCUUACCAAUCAUUCGUAUCCUUUCCGUGGCUUUAAUCUAGUUAUUUUUAGCUAUUACCGAC